AUGGCUUCCCGUCCAAACAUCCACUUAUACACAACCCAAACCCCCAAUGGCAUCAAGAUAUCCAUCACUCUUGAAGAACUCGGCCUGCCGUACCAGGUCACAAAGAUCGAUAUCUCCAAAGACACCCAGAAAGAGCCAUGGUUCCUAGAGAUAAACCCCAACGGGCGUAUACCAGCUCUCACGGAUACAUUUGAUGACGGCAAGACAAUCAAUCUUUUCGAAUCUGGUAGUAUCCAGCAGUAUCUUGUAGAUCAGUAUGACAAAGACUAUAAGAUCUCUUACCCACGAGGAUCGCGCGAGUUCUAUGAAGUCAACAAUUGGUUGUUUUUCCUCAACGCAGGUGUUGGACCAAUGCAGGGACAAGCGAAUCAUUUCGGUCGUUAUGCACCUGAACGCAUCGAAUACGGCGUAAAGCGCUACACCAACGAGACUCGCCGUCUCUACGGCGUGCUCAAUGCCCAGCUCGAGAAAUCUACCUCGGGCUAUCUAGUUGGUGACAAAUGUACUAUCGCCGACAUAGCUCACUGGGGCUGGAUUGCUGCUGCUUUCUGGGCUGGUGUUGAUAUCAAUGAAUUCCCAGCGCUGAAGGCGUGGGAUGACAGGAUGCUUGCUCGACCUGGUGUGGAGAAAGGCAGACAUGUUCCAGAGCCUCACAGAAUGAAGGAGCUUGCAAAGGAUCUAAAAGAGACAGAACGGCAGGCCGAGGAAGCUAGGGCUUGGAUUCAGAGAGGGAUGGCAGCGGAUGCUAAGAAAUAG